AUGGUGAGAGUCCAAGUCAAAGUGCCGCGAGACUGCGAAGUUACCGCACGCGACUUAUCUUUCAAGUCGGUGUGGCGAGAGCUGAAGAAGAACGGGUGGACGCAAAAGCCACCUCCGGGUCGCAGUCUCGAUGACCGCUACUUCUACAUGCCUCCCGGUAAGAACGUGAAGGGGAGCGAAGGCGUCGACUCCUUCCGUGACGAACAAACAUUAUUAGAGCAUUACUCAGAAGGGCUCGUAUCCAUGUCUAAUACCUGCUUGUUGCUUGUAGAACUGCGACGCCGUGCAGUAGGCGUCCAACCCAGUGCUCCUGGAGCUGAUCAACUGGCUGCUGCAGCAGCUGUCGUACGUGAAAACCAUGCUGCUGAUAUCGAAGCAGCAGAAGCAAGAGCCCGAGCUCCGACUUCCGCUCAACCAGUCCCCGCCGACCAGGCAACUAACGUUGUGCCUCCUAAUCCCGCAAGUGCAUCUGCUACCAGGCCACAGUCGCCAGCACAGCGAGCGCCGACGCGUCGCUCUUUGAUAAAUACCGCAAUUCCUAUGGCAAAUUCACCAGCUGGAGGUACCCAGCCUAGGUCUCCGCUCAUCCCGACGUCACCACACGUUCAAGAUGCCGAUUAUUCGUCCGAAGAAGCAGAUAAAUCUGAUAAUAACAGCGACGGCGAGUCCACACAUCCAGCAGAAACCCCAACCAGAAACGAUGAUGCAGAUGAAGACGGAGAAGAUUCUGCUUUUGGUAGUGAGCUGCUUGCCGACAUCAUUGAUGAUUUGAACGUGGUUGUUAAUCACGCGAUUGAACACCAGUUUGGAAAGUUGGAUUCGGGUGAUGAGGCGGAGGCCGAUGAUAUGGAGACUGAAGAGUGCGUAUCGGAUGAAGAGGUGGAAAUUUAUUGUGUAUCUGACGGCAUUGGUGAUGAUCCGGUCGCGACAAAAGACGAAAUCACGGCAGAGGCUCUUUUCGCGGAGAAUUUUCUGGAUAGUUUUGGCGAUGAGGAUGAAGAUCUCGCUGAAAACCUAAAGAACACUGUCCUGUGUGAGAUGUCCGCCAAUGGUUGGGAAGAUGUUGUUGAACCUGAUACUAUUGAGUACAUGCACGGUCCGUACGACCCAGUCAACAAUACGUCAAGCUAUCCUAGCCUUCGCCAAGGGUACUCGGGUCCAACUGCAGACGUUUUGCGCAGAGGAGACUCUCCAAUUGGACUCAUCUUUUACUUUCUUCCUGUCGUACUGUGGCAGCACAUUGCUGCUUGCUCGACGGAGUAUCACCGGGAGAUGCUACCACGUCGACUUGGCGAAACAUUUCAGCGUUAUCGCCGGAAGCGGAGGUUGAACCCGCAGUUACCAAGAAAGACAAGGCGAGAUAUUCAGCACAAGUUGGAAGGCAUGAAGCCUGUCUUACCACACGAAAUGUGUCAGUUUGUUGGGUUAUUGGUGGCUAGGACGGUGGUCUUGAACAGAGAAAAACUUGCUAAUCAAUGGAAGACAACGGCUGAGGGCGCUAUGUCACGAGGGUGCUUUGGCUCAGUGCUGACUAGAAACUGA